GUAAAUUUUUUUUUGUUUGUUGAAUGCCCUUUAUUUUCAUUUAGAAUUAUCUAUUUUUUUGGUGAUUACCAAGAACAAAAAUAUUUUAUCAAUCAAUUUCAUUUCUUUGCUUUGUAAAUUAUGUCAUUAAUAUACAAUGUGAUUAUACGAUCACCAAUUAUAUCAGCAAAUAAAUUUUCAACAAAUUCUUUGUUAAGAUUGAAUCAAUUUCAAUUAAAAUUUCAUUCAAAUACUAAACAGCUGACAACAACAACAAAAUUUUCAAUUCAACAAUGUUUAUCACGUUACAAUGUUUUAUCCGGGAAAAACGUCAAUCAUUUUGGACGAAAUGAAUUUCUAUCUAAAAACCAAAGAAAUUUUUUCGGUACACAAAAAUUUAAGGAUAAAGUAGAAUUGAAUAUACAACCAAAACCGAAAAAUGAAUGGGAAGAAUUAAUGAAAUUAUCAUUAGUAAAACGAUUACAUGUUAUGUUUAAAAAAUAUUGGUAUAUUGCCAUACCGUUUCAUUGUAUCAAUUGUGCCAUUUGGUUUGCAUCAUUUUUUCUACUUGCUCAAUUUGGAAUGAAUGGAGCUGCUUUGAUCAGUUGGAUAAAACCAUACGUUAUUGAAUCAUCAUUAUGUCCACAAUUUAUAAAAGAAUUAUUUGAAAAAGAUGCCGAUAAAUUGGGUAGCGUUGCUAUUGCUUUAUUAUUGUAUAAAUUAGCAACACCGGGACGUUAUGCAACAACAGUGUUUGGUACUGUUUAUUUACUUCGUUAUAUGUUGAAAAGAGGUGUUUUAUUGAAAACAGCUAAUGAACAAUUUUCAAGUGUACGAAAUUCAUAUAUUAGCCAUGCUGUUAAUCGUAAUAUUUUAAAACAAAAAGAAAGAUUUUCCAAACAAAUGCGUAAACAGACGGGCAAAAUGCGAAAUUCAAAGCAUAAAUGAUUUUUAUUCAUUCAUUCUUUAAUAAUUAGUAAAUUAAUCAAUAUAAUUUGGGUUAUAAAUAAAUU